AUGACCAUCAUAUUAGUGGCUGAUGCACAAAGACCAGUUGGAUCAAAAGAAGGUUUUUUGGCCAUGCUGGAAUAUGCAGAAGAAUAUUUAAAUGUAUCUCAUAUAAUUGUCUGCUUUGCCAAGAACCAUCCUGAACGCAACAUACUGGUCAGAGGUUUCAUGUUUUUGGGAUUUUCGUUACAACCUCCAGGGCUCAACAAGAUUGUACCACAUGCUGCUAUUGAUAACUAUAACCACUAUAUGGUGUACGAUGUCGAAUCAUAAUUUCAUUAAAUUUCUCUCAUUUUUAAAAACAAAAACAAAAUAUUCAAAUAAUUUCAAAAAUUAUAAUUAUUUAAACUGUAGGAUAUAUAGUUGAAUUCGAUUGUCAAUGCUGCCACUACCCCUCUUUGUUGCUCUUAACAUUAUUAUUAUUAAAUGUGUAAAUUGAUGCUUGUUUAAUCAUACAAUAAUUAAUUACUUUAAUUACAUUACAUUUUAAAAUAUUUUUUUUUUUGCUUUUGUUUAUUACUUACAUAGAUAAAUACUUUUUUUUUAACAAUCAUGUAAAUGAAAUUACACUUUUUUCUAAUUUGUCUCAAUUUUUAUUUUUAGAUU